AUAAAUACUCUGCUCUCGACUUCUCGGAGACGGCUAGGGUUUUAGCUUUUAUCUGAACAAUGGCCAUGUAUCUUCUUUACGAAUCAUCUUCCGGGUACGGCCUGUUCGAAGCACACGGCCUCGAUGAGAUAGGACAGAACACAGAGGCAGUUCGAAGCUCCGUCUCGGACCUGAGUCGCUUCGGUCGUGUCGUCCAGCUCACUGCUUUCCACCCUUCUGAGUCUGCACUCGAUGCUCUUAACCAAAUCAACGCCGUCUCCGAAGGGUAUAUGAGUGAUGAGCUGAGAUGUUUUCUGGAGUUGAACCUUCCGAAAGUGAAGGAAGGCAAGAAGCCCAAGUUCAGCUUAGGAGUCUCUGAGCCAAAGAUUGGUUCUUGCAUCUUUGAAGCCACCAAGAUUCCAUGCCAGAGCAAUGAGUUCGUUCAUGAGCUUCUUAGAGGUGUUCGUCAGCAUUUUGAUAGGUUCAUCAAGGACCUAAAGCCUGGUGAUUUGGAGAAAGCACAACUUGGACUAGCUCACAGCUACAGCAGAGCAAAGGUGAAGUUCAAUGUUAACCGUGUGGAUAACAUGGUUAUUCAAGCCAUCUUCAUGCUUGAUACUCUUGAUAAGGAUAUCAACUCCUUUGCCAUGAGAGUCAGAGAAUGGUACUCGUGGCACUUCCCAGAGCUAGUGAAGAUAGUCAAUGACAACUACCUUUACGCCCGAGUCUCAAAGAUGAUUGAAGACAAGUCAAAGCUCUCUGAAGAGCACAUCCCUAUGCUUACUGAAGUCCUCGGGGAUGAAGAUAAGGCAAAAGAAGUCGUUGAAGCUGGAAAAGCAUCUAUGGGCCAGGAUUUAUCUCCACUUGAUCUGAUGAACGUCCAGACCUUUGCUCAGAAAGUUAUAGAGCUAGCUGAUUACAGAAAGAAGCUCCACGAUUACCUUGUUGCUAAAAUGAGCGACAUUGCUCCAAACUUGGCGGCAUUGAUCGGAGAUAUGGUUGGUGCAAGGCUGAUCUCACAUGCUGGGAGCCUGACGAAUCUCGCCAAGUGCCCCUCUUCAACUCUCCAGAUUCUUGGUGCUGAGAAGGCACUUUUCAGGGCGCUUAAAACGCGUGGGAACACGCCCAAGUACGGUCUUAUAUUCCAUUCUUCGUUCAUUGGACGCGCGGCUGCUAAAAACAAGGGACGUAUUGCUCGUUACCUGGCAAACAAGUGUUCCAUUGCUUCCCGGAUUGAUUGUUUCGCUGAUAGCAGCACUACGGCUUUUGGUGAGAAACUUAGGGAACAAGUAGAGGAACGACUAGAAUUUUAUGACAAAGGUGUUGCCCCACGUAAGAAUGUGGAUGUAAUGAAAGAAGUGAUGGAGAAUCUUGACAAGAAAGAUGAGGGAGAAGAGAAAGUGGUGGAGGCCUCUGAGAAGAAAAAGAAGAAAGAGAAGAGAAAGGCAGAGGAGAAGGAUGAGGAGGAAGUAGAAGAAGAGGUGAAAUCAAAGAAAAAGAAGAAAAGCAAAGUAGUUGAAGAGGAAACGACAACAGAUAAUGGUCACAGCAAGAAGAAAAAGAAGAAGAAAACUAAGUCACAAGAUGAUGAAUAGACCAUGACAAGUUUUUUUCUUUUUGUAGUGUUGCAUUUUUUCUUUAUCUGUUUUUUUUUUUUACUUUAUGAACAACUUAAAACUCCUAGCAGCAUUAUCAGAUGUUUUUAGACUAGUUUUCUGUCUUAACAGAAGAAAAGUUAAAUGAUGGAAUCUUUUGUUGAA